GUCUAACACAAAUGACUUUAUUGAGACUUUCAGAGCCAGAAAGGAGAGCUAUCCAUCCUGUACUAUCAGGUGAAUUAUGCCAACAGUGUGGAUACUGUAUUUCGGACAAGGCCACUUCCCACGAGCCCAUCGAGAAGAUCUGUGAUAUAAUUUGUCAAGCAGAACACUUGGAAAGAUGUUACAUUUUGGUAAAGAGCAUUCACCAUCAGAGGGCAGGAUCUGCAACUCGAAGAAAGCCUAUUAAUUUUUUUUCGAGCAUAUUUCGGAAAAAAACGAAAGAGCCGGAAAUAGGGAUAACCGAUGCCAGUGACGAAACUGUGGAAUUAAGUGAUAGUGACAUGAUUUUUGAAAAACGUGCUUCAUUGCCGGAAAACUUAACAGAGGAGGAAAGUCGAAACUCUCGCCCUUUAACACCACCAAUACUUGUCAUCCCACAACCAAGUACGACCUCUGAUCAAGAGAAAACUCUAGCAGAGGAUAUGGUGGCACUUCAGUUGUCCCAUCAAGAUAAUCCAAUUAUCCAGAAACAUCCGGAUCAUCUCUUAACACGGAGCGAUGAAAACAAAGUUUCCAAUAUUUCUCCCACCCUUUCUCAGCCUGACCAGGAAAUAUUGAUUAACGGCGAAAAUGCUAAUCCAAGCUCAGAUAAUUUGGAUUCCCAUUCAUUUCGUAGUCCUGCCUCUUACUUUGAUUGUUCUUCGGCUCAUUUAACGUAUCCUGAACCAAAUAAAUCCGUUCUGAAUAUGUACGACCAAAGUGUAACAUUUCACAAGCGAUCGAGAAGAGAACUGGUUCCUUUGACUAAACCAGAAAAGUCACUAUCUUAUAGCCCACCGUUAGAAUCAUUGAAGAAGAAGGGAAAUACAAUCUCUGGAGCUCUGAAGCCCCUGAUGUCAAAAUCCGGGAUAGGAGUCCUGGACACGAGAAUGAAGGAAAUUCUGGAAUCUCAAAAACAGAAAUUGUGUCUUACUGGUCAUGUGGCUACAACGAACAAGGACCACAAUCGGAAGACUCCUCUUAUCUCGCAACGGAACCUUCCUCAAACCUCUCAACAAGCCAAAUGGACUUCAAUCAGAGGAACACGUCCUAUGUCUGAUUAUUCUAAUUCAAGCUCAUUGUAUACGUUAAAGUCUUUUACAAGCCUGAAUCGGCUAACAGUUGCCCAAGGAGAAACUCUGAGACCCUUAAAGUGAUUUAGGUUUAAAACAGAGGACAUUAUUUCUCCAACAUAUGUGCAAGACUAAUUCUUAAUGCCGUCUACAGACGUCAGUAUGAAUGAUCGGAUAGAUUGUAUCACUAUUUCUGCAGAUAUCACACGAAGCCAAUGAAGAAGACAAGAAAUGGUCGAAUAGCUUUCUUAGUAAUCUCGAUCCAAGGUGACGAUAUUUGUGUACUGUUUGCGUGUUGUGGUAUUGCGUAGCGAUGUUGGUUUUUAUUCAGCUCUUAUAAAAUGUAACAUAUAAUAACUUAGUGUGUUUAACUCAAAUUGCAGGUUUUAGAUUUGAAACAUUUGCACAUAACAGUGUGUUCAUGGCAUCGUAAGUUGCAGGUUUGAAAUUUGGAACACGUGUAGUGGAGCACAUAACAACAACAAAAAAGCGAAAUAUUUAACAUAAAUUAAGAAAAUUUUACAUUGUACCUUCACGGACAUGGCAUGAAAAUGUCCACUCGCGUGUGUGAAUGAACAAGUGCAACGGCUACCGGACCGAAUUAUACCGCGGAACUAAUGUGGACUUCAUCCACGACUCUCAAGAAGUAAACCAACAGUCAAAGAGGGAGGUAGAGGUCAAGGGUGUACCUGAUCCUCUCAGGUCACUUGAUCAAAAGAAUGACCAGAGAGAUCAGCACAUAACUGUGUAUUCGUGGUAUCGUAAAUCGCAUGUUUUAGAUUUGUAUCUUGUACAAUGAGAAAUAAUAACAUUAUGUGCUUCCAUUACAGACAGUUACAUUUAAAUCACUAGUCACUUUUCAUUGUUUGUUCACUAACUCAAACAUGUAUUUAA